AUGUCUUCAUCCAAGCAGGUUAUUAUCGUCGGCGGUUCUUAUGCUGCUAUUGUGGCAUUAAAGACAUUGCUCACCACCAAAGACAUCAAAUUAGACAUCACCAUAAUUUCACCCAAUGACAAAGCAUUUUUCAAUGUUGGUGUUCCUCGUUUGUUAAUUGAAAAUGAAACAAUUGACAAAACUGUUUUCCCACUUGAUGAAUCAAUCAAGAACUUGAUUAGUGGAACUAUCCAUAAAGCUACUCAUGUACAAUCAAGUGUGGAACAAGUUGAUUUUCAGGAAAAGAAUGUGACAAUAGCCAAUGGAGCCAAAUUCGAUUACGACAACUUAAUCCUUGCUUCUGGUGCUAGAUCAAUUUCACCGAUUUGGAAACUUGAUUCAGUAAAAAAUACUGAUUUCACAUUGGAUUCAAUUAGACAAGCCAGUGCUGAGAUUCAAAAGGCUAAAUCAAUUGCCAUUAUCGGAGGUGGAACCACUGGUGUUGAAACAGCUGGUGAAUUGGGACAUGAAUUCAAAGGACAAAAGGAAAUUGUCUUAUACACGGGAUCACUGGGACCUUUAUCUAUCCCAUUACCUAAUCAUGUAUCUUCAGUCACUAAUAAAUUGCAAAUUUUAAAUGUUGAAAUUGUCAAUAAUCAACUCGUCAAAAAGCAAGGUGAAUCAACAAUUGUUCUUGAAGAUGGUUCUAGUCGUGAUUUCGAUUUGGUUCUUGAAGCCCACUUGUUGAUCCCCAAUACUGAGUAUUUACCUCAAGACAUUUUGGACAAAAGAAAGUAUGUAAUCACUGAUGAGUAUUUCCGGUUACGUGAUCAUCAUGAGGUCAUUUGUCUUGGUGAUAUUCUUGCAUUGGGACAGCAAUCAGUGGUCGAUUUGACAUACAAUCAAAAGCCAAUUUUCACCAAGACUAUUGCUCAUGAAGUAUUUGGUGAUGCAAAUGUUAAAUUAACUCCUUAUGUCAAACCUACUAGAGCUACGAUUGUUGUGCCUAUUGGAAGAGAUGGCGGUGUUGGUGCAAUCUAUGGGUUCUCCAUUCCCAAUUUUGCAGUUCGAUUUGCUAAAUCAAAGGACUUUAUGAUAUCUAAAGCUUCUGGGUUCUUUACGUAG